GUCGAAAACAAACGUCGAGAUUCCAACAGGAACCGUUAGGUUACGCGCCUCCACCACAGGCUGAAACUGAUCUUCGAGUCCAUGGAGCUGGACCGGCGGCUGCUGCUGGCUCACUGUGCCGCCCACACCCUGUCCGUCAUAGCGGGACUCCUGGUGGUCGUGCCGCUCGCUUUAAACGGAUCCGCUUUCAAGGGAAGGUGCGCGCUGUUUAGUCAAGGCUUCUGGAGGACGGAGAACUUCACGGUGGGUCAGGAAGAGCCCAGAACGGUCACUCAUUUGGUGGUGCAACAAUGGGGUCCAUUAGCGGCGUGCCAGUUCGCCACAUUUGUCGGUGUGUUCACCGUGUUGUACGGAGCCGUUCAGGGCUGGAGGAGUCUGUUCUACCUCCACCGGCGACAUGACGACACGCUGUUCUCUGCCUUCCUCACGCUGCUGCUGAGUCUGUGUGUGUUCUUCCUCUCUGGAGGGGCCAGCGUUACUCUCACCCUGGGCCUGGUGUCCUGGUGCAACACUGUAACAGACCACAACACCAGAUCCUACAGUUGUGCUGAGUCACAGUCUGUUCCUCUUUAUCUGGAUGUUGAGACAUCCUCUUUCUACUCUGAGCUCAAUUGUGCGCAGAUCUCUCUGUGGUGUGUAACAGUUCUGUGGUUGGCUCACUCCAUUCUGUCCUUCCUGAGGCUGUAUCAUUCUCACAGUCAGCAGAUUCAGAUUAGCAGACCGUGUUUAUCCAGGGAGAAGGAGCUCCUCCUGGGCCAAACUCAAGUGGAUUGUCCCAUUCAUCCACAUCCACACUCGCACCCCUCAAACACUCCCAGUGUUUUUAUUUAGUGUUCACAGAAGUUGCACUUUGAGGUUAAUCUAAGGCCAGUUUUAUUGAUUUGCAAGAAGGAGCAAGAAGACAGGACAAGAUUAGCGUAAAAUGGAAUUAACUUCUAAUCUAAAAACAAACAAACAACACAAGUCUCAUGCAUGUUACACAAAGAAUAUUCUCAGUAAUCAGAAUUAGCCUGGGUUUUAUCUAUUUGUUACUUUUUUUAAUGCAUUUGUUGAGAAGUUUUUUCAUGUAGCUUAGUGCUUACGUUGAGGUAAAAUGUUUUGUGUGGACCCAUUUACAACUUUUCCAUAACAAAUGUCAGAGGAUUCUAAUAUAUAAAAUAUAUUGCACUAUUAAUGCAUUGCUCUUGCAUAUGCAAGAUAUCAUCUAACUUUAUGUUUAGCCAUAUAAUGUGAAUUUUAAGUCAAUGGUAAGGAAAGACUAGCCCGUUGUAUGUGCUGUGAAUGUAUACUCGUACAGCGUGACUUUUUGCAUACUGAAUGGUGUCACUCAAACCAGACAAUCUCUUUCUAAUCUGAUGAAUGUUUUUAAUAUGAAGCUGUUUGUGUUGAUGCAGGCUCCUGGUUCAAAAUCUACUUUUGCUGGAUAUUGCAUUGCUUCAUUUAUGUGAUAGAAAUUCAGAGCCAAAGACAAGUUGGAAAAACAUGAUGUGGAAUGUGGCUAAUCUGUAUUGAAUCCUUAACCUUUGACCUGGAGGAUUGUUGUGAAACACAAACAGUUGAAUAAGAAGCAGGAGAGAGAUGAGAGAGAAAUGUUCAUUUAUGGCUUGGAAAUGUGAUGAUGCUUGUGUUAUAUACUGCUGUUUUUAUCCAUUAUGUCCAAUUUAUAAACUCUUUUCACUUGAGUAAAGGUAAUAGAACAUG